AUGGCCGUGAUAGAGCGAAAAGUAAUGAUCUGCGGCCCAAGUGGCAGCGGAAAGUCUUUUGUGAGCAACAAGCUCACCCUGCUGCCGGUACCAAAGACUUCGCAACAGGAAGAAGAUCCGAACUAUGGCGUGAUCUCCAGCAGCACCUUCGGCCCUUGCUCCACCAGGGUGCUAACAAAGCGUUCAAGAAACCCCGUCAAGUACUACCUCAAUUCGAGAGGGGAUGAAGGCCAGAUGACGCUCUAUGUGACAGACACGCCAGGAGUGCCCGACACGAAGGGCAGAUCGGUCAAUUUUCUGAACGAGGUCAUGUCCUUCGCAAGGGAAAGCCGUCCGCACGGGAUAGUUUGGGUCGUUGAUGCCGUUGGCAGGUUUGGCAAUGACAUGGAGCUGGCGCUCCAGGCCGCUAAAGAGUGCUGGAAUGGGCAGCUCACUGAGUCCAAGCUCCACGUCUUCGUGAAUAGGGUGCCUAGCGCAUUUUCGCUUGCAAAUGAUGGAGAGGAAGAGGAGAACAUCGAGCAGGUCCAGGCGGAAAAGGUUGAUGCAGCUGUGCGUUACGUGGUGAAGUGCUUGCUGGGCGAAGACAAAGUGGAGGGCUUCCGGAAUUAUUCAUGGAACCUUGCCGGCAGUCACGAAGGAAUAAAGACACUCAAGCUUGCUAUUGCGAAGUUCGACACCCCCCUGACAGACCAGCAGGCUGGCAGCAUACGCACCUGGGACGAGCUCAACACAUACUACGAGGACUUGGAAACGGGUGCGAUAAGUGCAAAGGAAUUCCAGGAGCAACAGCUCUCCGCAAAGCAGUUUGCGAAGCAAUACCUCGUCGCGGUUGCCGGUGUGGCAAAGAGAUGGCCGACUGCAUCUUUCAAGUCAUUAGCGGAACGUAUCGGUAAGAAGAUGGAAGAAGUUGACGGGGAGAUCCAACGGUUGCAGGGUGACCACGAGAAGGAGUUGGAAAGGGAGAAGAAGCUCUUGGCCUCAAGCAAUUCAUGCAAGCUUGGUUUUUGGAGCUUGUAG